AUGAAGUUCACGCGCGCCUACUCUUCCAGCCUCAACGGCGCCAUCCCGGCGGCCAAGGCCAAGUACGUGCCGGUGUCAGGCACGUAUCCGAUAGGAUUUACCGCCUCGGGCAUCUUGGUGGGCGUCAAGGCCGGCAACACGACCAAGCCGGACCUCGCCCUCGUCACCUCGGAUCGUCCCUGCUCGGCCGCUGCCGUCUUCACCAAGAACAAGUUCCAGGCGGCUCCUGUCACCUUCAGCCGAAAGGUGCUCGAGAGCAGGGCCAACGCGGGCCUGCGGAGCGUCAUCGUCAACUCGGGCUGCGCCAACGCCGUCACGGGCAUCGGCGGCCUCGAGGAUGCGUCCGAGAUGGCGCGGACGACGGAUCAGAGGGUCGGCGUGCCCGACUCGACCAUUGUCAUGAGCACCGGCGUCAUCGGACAGAGGCUGCCGAUCCGCAAGAUCAUCGACCACAUCCCCGUUGCCUACCACAAGGCGGGCGGCUCGCACAGGCACUGGCUCGACUGCGCGAGGGCCAUCUGCACGACCGACACCUUCCCCAAGCUCAUGUCCCGCUCCUUUGCCCUGCCGUCGUCGCCCGGCAUCGAGUACCGCAUCGCCGGCAUGACCAAGGGGGCGGGCAUGCUGGCUCCCAACAUGGCGACCCUGCUGACCAUCCUCGCCACCGACGCGCCCAUCGCGCCCGCCAUCAUGACGCCGCUGCUCAAGCACGCCGUCGACCGGUCCUUCAACUCCAUCACCGUCGACGGCGACACGUCGACCAACGACACCGUGGCCCUCCUGGCCAACGGCGCCGCCGGCGGCCGGGAGCUGUCGUCGCCGGACCAGUCGGCCGACUACGAAGCCUUCCAGGAUACCCUGACGUCCUUUGCCACCGACCUCGCCAAGUACAUUGUCCGGGACGGCGAGGGCGCCACCAAGUUCGUCACCAUCCGCGUCGUCGACGCCGCCUCGGAGCUCUCGGCCCGCGCCAUCGCCCGCGCCAUCGCCCUCUCGCCCCUCGUCAAGACGGCCCUAUACGGCAAGGACGCCAACUGGGGCCGCAUCCUCUGCGCCGCCGGCUACUCGCUCAUCUCGCCGCCGGGACAGCCGGUCAACGACGUGCCCGAGAUCGUGCCGGAGCGGACCAACGUCUCCUUUGUCCCGACCGACGGCUCCCAGGAGCUCAAGCUGCUCGUUGACGGCGAGCCCGAGGAGGUCGACGAGGAGCGUGCCAGCGAGAUCCUCGAGGCCGAAGACCUCGAGAUCCUCGUCAAGCUCGGCACGGGUGACAAGAGCACCGUGCACUACACCUGCGACUUCAGCCACGACUACGUCACCAUCAACGGCGACUAUCGCACUUGA